CGGUAAUUUCUUAAUCAUUCAAUGUAUUCAGGAAGUUCUAUUUAUUUUAAAAGUUUAUAUACUUUGCAUAGUUUUCUAUUUGCUCAGUGCGCCAUUUGAAACGUCACGAAUCUAGUUUGUGUAGAUCUAUGAUUUUAACACCGCAGACACGAGGAACUGAGCGAAAUGUGAACCGGAGGGGAAAAUAACGUCCGCUUGCUGGGGCAGUAACUAUGGAAGGUUCAGUGUCGAAUUUAGAAGUUUGCAAUUUUGCUUAUGCUGGGAAGUUUGACCAGUUAAAACAGUGCAUACUGUCUGAUAAAUCACUGGCUACCAAAACAGACCAGGACCACAGAACCGCUCUUCACUGGGCAUGUUCAGCGGGUCACACUGAUAUAGUACAAUUCCUGUUGAAUUUUGGGGUCGAGGUUAAUCUUAAAGAUGAUGCAUGUUGGACACCACUACACAUCGCAGCAUCUGCUGGCAGAGACGAAAUCGUGAGAGCGUUGAUAAGCAAAGGAGCAGAGCUGAACCCUGUCAACCAGAAUGGCUGUACACCACUGCACUACGCUGCCUCUAAGGACAGAUAUGAGAUUGCCCUUAUGUUGUUGGAAAAUGGAGCCGACCCCAAUGUCACAGACAAGUUGGACUCUACUCCCCUGCACAGAGCUUCUGCAAAAGGAAACUACCGUCUCAUACAGCUUCUCCUGAAGCAGAGUGCUUCCACAAAUAUCCAGGAUUCCCAAGGAAACACAGCCCUACACCUGGCAUGUGAUGAAGAGCGUGUGGAGGCCGCCAAGCUGCUCGUAGAACACGGCGCCAGUAUCUAUAUUGAGAAUAAGGAGGAAAAGACUCCACUGCAGAUGGCAAAAGGCAGCCUGGGUACCAUACUUAAGCGAAUUGUGGAGGGCUGAGCUGCAGAACAGCACAGCGGCUGCAUUUAUAGGUUCUAUGGGGGGGGGUCCGUAGAUGACGCUGUGGUUUAGAUAAAAAUUAAGGUGAGUCGCACCCAUAGGAAAAACAUUCUUUUAUGAACUGUCAGCUUUAAGUAUUUCAGUAAUUACGGAAGUGCUAAUAGAUGUAAUUCUUCAUUUUGAUAGUUGAAUUUGUCCAGUUUAAAAAAUAAGGAAGACAGAUGUUUGUAACUGUGCAGAUUGGGGAAGGGGUGUGAUGAAAAGGCUUGACAUACUGAAGCAUGGUCAUUUUGAUUUGUUGUUUCCAUUGAAUUGAUUUGAUUUGGUUUCUGUCAUUUUGUUUAAGGUGAUAUACCACACGCAAAAAUCAAAUUAACUGGAUGUUAUAUUAAUGAACUGCUUAUGUUUAAGGGUGAGUGUCACCCUUGUUUGCAUCUGUUUUUCACAUUUGUAAAAGUAUUGUAUAUUUAUUCUGAUUGAUACUUUUUGUGGGACCAUGGGGUUUAGUUGCUAUUCAGCCAAAAGUCUAAGAAUAAAAUUUGUAAAAGGC